AUGAUGAGCAUGGAUCACUCUCAUGAACGGACAAAUUUUGGUGGUUUAGGUGCCGUUAAUCCUCCCUCUCAUUAUAUUUUGGGUUUAUACUUGGUUGCAUUUGAAAGUAAGAAUUUGAAGAAAAUAAUGGAAAUGGGUUCAUACGGUGAAAAAAUUGCUCCCAGUGGAGCUGAACCAUUUCAGAACGAUAUGAAGGAAUCGGCCAUGGAUGCCCAUUCUCUGCUGAGAGGUGGCAGGCCAAGUUAUGAGAAUAAAAAGUAUUCAGAAGCCCAGAUGGAGGCUUUGACAGCUUUGUGUGAUACCUUGUUUCCUUCUCUGGAUCACCAUGCAGUUUCAAACAGUGAUGAGGAGGAUGCACUUAAAUCUUUCUAUGGCACCUCGGCUUCCCAAGCUGGAGUACCAGUACAUUUAGCAGGAUAUAUGUCUGAGCGCUUGGCACACGCUUGUUUGGGAUUGCUGAGCCUAGCAUUGUGGCUCCUUUCAACAUGGUACGGGACAUUUAUAUUGUGUGGGAGAUUAUCUCUAUCCUGCCAUUUUCCCUAUUUCCAAAAGUUUUCCCAGGUUGGACAGCAUUCAAGGGAGGAAAUUAUGCUUUCUUGGUCACACAGCUCCUUCCAUCUCUCUCGUCGACUAUUUAAGGCCAUCAAAUUCUUAUGCUGCCUUACAUUCUACACAAAGGUGGACGAGAAGAAUGAAAACCCUUCCUGGAAAGCAAUGGGUUACUGUGGACCAGAUCCUGAGCUGCGAUCCCAAAGAAGAAAGGAAGCCACGAAAAGCCCAUUGCAUGACAAGGUCAUUGACUUGCAAGAUGUUGCAGAAACUAGCAUAGCCAACACUCUGCGCAUGGCUGGUUGUGAGGUUACAGAGGGGAGUUCCGGAAAAGGAAAGAAGAAAGAGAAAUCGAUUACUAUAAAAUGUGACGUGGUAGUAGUUGGGUCUGGCAGUGGAGGAGGAGUAGUUGCAGGGGUGCUUUCAAAGGCCGGUCACAAAGUGAUAGUGGUGGAAAAAGGCAAAUACUUUGCAAGGAAUGAUCUGUCCUUACUGGAAGGGCCUUCGUUGGAUCAGAUGUAUGAGGGGGGCGGGCUCUUGGCCACGGACGACCUCGGGAUAGUCCUUCUGGCAGGAUCCACCAUGGGCGGAGGGUCCUCCGUCAACUGGUCUGCCUCAAUCCGCACGCCUGCUCAUGUAAUUUCCGAGUGGAGUGACGAACUCAAGCUCCCUCUUUUUUCCUGCACACAGUUUUCUGAAGCCACGAGCGCUGUUUGCGAGAGAAUGGGCGUGAAGGAGGAAGUGUGCAGUGAAGGGCUGGCCAACAAGAUGCUGAGAAAGGGGUGCGCGCACCUCAACAACGACGUGCUCGACGUUCCGCGCAAUGGUGAUCCAGAGCAUCGGUGCGGCUGGUGCUGCUUCGGCUGCAAAGACGGAACGAAACAGGGCACGCAGGAGACGUGGCUCGUCGAUGCUGUCAAUCACGGGGCUGUUAUUCUGUCAUCAUGCAAAGCCGAGCGAAUCAUCAUCACAAAGGCGGCGGCCGCAGGAGUAGUGAUCGAGGCAGGAAACAGGGGAUUCCAUAUGGAGGUGCAGUCGAGAGUCACGGUUGUUUCCUGCGGAGUUCUGUGCAGCCCUGUUCUGCUUAAAAAGAGUGGAAUGAAAAAUCCCAACAUUGGGCGCAAUCUCCACCUUCAUCCCUCCCUGAUGGCGUGGGGGGUUUUCCCCGAGGGCAGUGAAAAGAGCUACGAGGGCCCCAUUAUUACUGCAAUGCAUCCAGUGGGUGACCCAUCUGGGUACGGAGUCAUCAUCGAAACCCCUUCGCUGCACCCGGGCUUGUUUUCAGUCAAUAUGCCGUGGAUAUCCGCUCUCGACAUGAAAGAACGAAUGUUGAGAUUCUCCAGAACUUGUCAUCUUUUCGCCUUGGCCAGAGACAAAGGCUCCGGCACAGUCAAUCUGCAGGGUCACUUAACAUACAGAUUGAGCUCCCAGGAUGAAAAAAAUCUGAACAAAGGAAUCGAAAAGGCCCUCAGGAUUCUCGUCGCUGCGGGCGCACAGGAAAUCGGAACUCAUCAUUGCAAGGGCGAGCGUUUGAAGAUCCCCGGUUCGAGUGCAGAGGAGAUUGAGAGGUUUAUUAAGAAUGUGAGCUGGAGGCGAUUGAAGGACUUGUCGACUCCUCUGAGCUCUGCGCACCAGAUGGGUAGUUGCAGAAUGGGGGCGGAUGAGCGUGUUUCGGCGGUGGACUGGAAAGGUGAGUCGUGGGAAGUGAAGGGAUUGUUUGUAGCGGACGCAAGCGUACUGCCCACUGCUCUUGGCGUUAAUCCAAUGGUUACUGUUCAGUCUAUUGCUUACUGCAUUGCCAACUUUGUUCACCAAUCUCUCAAAACCGAGCCACAUUAAAAUUAGCACAAUCAGUGUACGCCAAUUCAGUUCUGAAUAUUCACAAGUUCGGAGUCCAAUUUCAUUGAUAUUUCAGUCAUUCAUGCUUGUAUGUGACGGCAUAAUUGGUACUUCUUGCCUUGUUGAUGAACUUUGCCGGUUAAAUUCACUGUCUUGCAUUGUGUUUUUCAGUUUCAGCCGUAGCAAUCUACUUUGAUCCACUCUAGGUUAUUAGCCGAUAGGCUAUUAUAAUUGAAAAAGCUGUCGCCGGAAUGUAAUGUAAUGUCUGACGCUGGGAAAUAUUUCCCGGCGGACAAUACUUCCGGCCAAACAAAAUUCACGUUUCCACUAAUUUUAUCGGCUAAAUCUUUUCCA